GGUGUGAAGUUGAGUCACUCUGUGUUUUUAUACAUUUUUUGAUAUUUCCUCCACAUUCAUGUUUGUUCUUAAACGUCUCUGCAUGUCUGCUGUCGGUGCUGCUGCUGUUUAUCGUGUGUUAUAUGAUUUGAACAUGAAUGAUUCAUAAGCAGCUGCUGUCGGUGUGUUAAUAAUCAACGCCUGGAGCAUCUCUCUUCCUCUCUUUUUUAUUAUCUAUCCAUCUUUUCAUUCGCUCUCUGACUCAUAUUCUCUCUCUCUCUCUCUCUCUCUGUACCUGAGCGCCUUGACUCGGGGUAAGAACGCUACAACAGGACAAGUCUGUUCCUGCUGCUUCUCCUUCACCUCAUAGUUCCACUUUCUUUCCUUCACUCUCACUUUUUCUCUCCAUUCGCUCGUUUGUUUUUGCUGCUGGUUUGUCAGCAAAUCACUGAUUUAAAGAAGAGACAGAGGAAACAGAUCGCUCUUCUCAUUCACCAGUUAGUUAGUUAGUUAGUUAUGUUCCAGUAUCAGAGGAGGAUUUCCACCUCAUGGCUGUCACAUUACUGCAUGGUGGUGUGAUGACCAGCUCAGAACUACGCUAACACACAGACACACACACGCACGCACGCACGCGCACGCACGCACGCACGCACACACACACACACACACGCACACACACGCACGCACACACACGCACUAUCAGGAUGUCAGCAGUGCGCUCAGCCUCCCCUCUUCCUGAGGACCCGACCACGCCCCCCCCAUUGACCACACCUCCACGCAAAGCCUCAGUCCGCCUGCAGGAGAGGCGGGGCUCCAAUCUCUCGCUGCUGUUGGACGUGAGCAGCCUGGGGGCGGAGCCUGUGUGUUCCGUCUCCACCCCAAAGGAGGUGUGGCUCCAGCUGCUCCACACCUCCUCCCGAGCCCUCGGCCACGCGACGCUGCAGCUGGCCGCCGAGGACACCAACACCCUGAACGCAGAGUAUCAGAAGAUCCCCCCGAACUUUGUGAGCGCCGCAGAGCUCGAUGUCCCGGGACACAUGAUGAAAGACAGAUACAAAACCAUCCUGCCCAACCCUGAGAGCCGGGUGGUCCUGAGGAGCCCGGAGGAGGAGGCGGGGCCCAACCGCUACAUCAACGCCAACUACAUCAGGGGUUACGGAGGAGCUCCCAGGGCCUUCAUCGCCACCCAGGGCCCGAUGGUUCACACCGUGGGGGACUUCUGGGACAUGGUGUGGCAGGAAAAGAGCAGCAUCAUCGUCAUGGUGACAAGACUGAAGGAGAACAACGAGAAAUGUGAGCUGUACUGGCCACAGCCGAGGAAGAGGAGGAGGGUGAAGGAGGAGGACGAAGAGGAGGAGCAGAGGGAGGAAGACGAGGAGGAAGGAGAGACGGGACGAUUCGGCAGAUUCAUCCUCAGAGUCAGAGACAGCCGAGAGAAAGACGGGUUCACCAUCACCGACAUGGAGAUCCAGGUAUUUACUCAA